CUCUCCAAUAGGAUUAUGCAGCUCUGCAAUCUUAACUCCUCACCACGAGCCCUGUUCGCUGCCUGUGGCUACUGUAAGGCUGCAACCUCCUCCAGUGAGCGCCCGCUUGAGGAAGGGGACCUGACUUCAGCUUUGACCAAAAAGAUAACCUUGAAGACGCCCUUGGUCUCCUCUCCCAUGGACACAGUGACGGAGGCCAGCAUGGCCAUUGCAAUGGCGCUCACAGGUGGGAUUGGAUUCAUCCAUCAUAACUGCACACCGGAAUUCCAGGCCAAUGAAGUACGGAAAGUUAAGAAAUACGAGCAGGGGUUCAUCACCGACCCCGUGGUGCUGAGCCCCAAGGACAGCGUGCGAGACGUGUUGGAAGCCAAGGCCCGCCACGGAUUCUGCGGCAUCCCGAUCACAGACACCGGCAAGAUGGGGAGUAAGCUGGUGGGGAUCAUCUCCUCCCGAGACAUUGACUUCCUGAAGGAGGAGGAGCAGGACUCGCCCCUCAGCGAGAUUAUGACCAGGCGGGAGGAUCUGGUCGUGGCCCCUGCAGGGGUAACGUUAAAGGAAGCAAAUGAAAUUCUGCAGAGGAGCAAAAAAGGCAAGCUGCCGAUUGUCAACGCGCAGGAUGAGCUGGUGGCUAUAAUCGCCCGCACGGAUCUGAAGAAGAACCGGGAUUACCCGCUGGCAUCCAAAGACGCUAAGAAGCAGCUGCUCUGCGGCGCGGCGAUCGGGACCCACGAGGACGACAAGUACCGUCUGGACCUUCUGGUGCAGUCGGGGGUGGACGUCGUCGUCUUGGUGAGCGCCAGGCCUGGCUUGGGCUCGGCUCGCCCCGAGACCCCCCUUUCCCUUUGCUUAGUGGUGACGGCCGCCCAGGCGAAGAAUCUGAUUGACGCCGGGGUGGACGCUCUGCGGGUCGGCAUGGGCAGCGGCUCCCUCUGCAUCACGCAGGAAGUCUUGCCCUGCGGCAGGCCCCAGGCCACGGCCGUGUACAAAGUGUCUGAAUACGCCCGGCGGUUUGGGGUCCCGGUGAUCGCCGACGGAGGGAUCCAGACUGUGGGGCACAUCGCCAAGGCCCUGGCACUCGGUGCCUCCACAGUGAUGAUGGGCUCGCUCCUGGCGGCAACCACGGAAGCCCCCGGUGAGUACUUCUUCUCGGACGGCAUCCGGCUGAAGAAGUACCGGGGCAUGGGCUCGCUGGAUGCCAUGGACAAGAACCUGGGCAGCCAGACCCGCUACUUCAGUGAGACAGACAAGAUCAAAGUGGCCCAGGGGGUCUCGGGCGCGGUGCAAGACAAAGGUUCAAUCCACAAGUUCAUCCCCUACCUGAUCGCUGGGAUCCAGCACUCCUGCCAGGACAUCGGUGCCAAGAGCCUGACCCAAGUCAGAGCCAUGAUGUACUCCGGGGAGCUGAAGUUUGAAAAGAGGACGACAUCCGCCCAGGUGGAAGGCGGAGUGCAUGGCCUCCACACGUACGAGAAGCGACUCUUCUGAGGGAAGGCCUGGCUGCGUGCCGGGCGCCGGAACUGCUCCUUUCACAGAAGUGCCACUGUCCUGCGUGCACCUGCUGCAGCCCCGCUGCUCCGCCCGCGUGCUGGCCCCUUUUACAAUAAAGGAAAAGGUGGGGCUCCUUUUCUGGGUCCCACCACACUGUG